AUUCAAGCCAGAGUCGGCGUGUGAAUGAGAUGGUGAAACUUCUGAUAUGUCUGUUUGUUUUCGGGGCAAUUUUUUCUUUUUCUGACAGCAAGCGUGAAAAUUUCACAUGUGACUAUAACGACCUUGAAGAUGCGUUAGAUGAUCAUAAUAAGUUUCUGCUGCAAACAACAUUCUUUCCUCCCAAUGUCGAUGGUCCUGUGUAUGUCACCGUGACAUACAACUUCUCUACUUCCAGUGUUGACUACGUCUGGUCAACUGCCACUCUGUACUUUAUUUUACAUCCAAACAUCAUCGGCUACCUCUCCCUUUUCUUCUCCUAUAUUGAGCUAAUAAGAGUCGUUCAGUUGAGUUGAAUCUACCUGAAGAGUGCAGCUCUUUAGCUAGCAACACAAACUCUGAUGCAACAAACUUCUUGCUCACUCUAACACACAGGUUGCGGCAUUACACCCAGGAUUUCAAGUGAUUUAGAGAGCAUCAGGCAUAUGUUGUGGCUGCUGAGAAGCGUAAGAGAAGAUCAUCAGGGAAAAGAGUGUGUACUGUUCUCUCUCUGAGUAUUGGACUGCCAAUUGCUGCUUUGGUUUUGGUGUGGGUGAGUGUCCAUGGAGCUUUUCCUUACAUCAGAUGUUACCUAAAUGACACUGAAAAU